AUGAGAGGUCUAGUUACCUUGUCGCUCGCAGCUUGCGCUGUUGCGGCCCCGUCAUUCAGCACCGAGACCAUCCACGAUGGUGCUGCGCCUAUCCUUUCCUCCAACAAUGCUGAUGAAAUCCCCAACGCCUACAUCAUCAAGUUCAAGGAUCACGUCAGCGAGUCAUCCGCUUCGGACCACCACUCGUGGAUCCAGAAGAUCCAUGGCGAGCGUGAAGACGAGAGGGUGAUCGAGCUGCGCAAGCGCGGCGAGAUCCUCGGCGACGAUGUUUUUCGUGGCCUCAAGCACACGUACAAGAUCGGCAAUGGCUUCCUCGGCUACUCCGGCCACUUCGAUGACCGAGUCAUCGAGCAGGUUCGGAGGCAUCCUGAUAUCGAGUAUAUCCACCGGGAUACCAUUGUUCACACCAUGAGCUACAACAAGCAGGACAAGAAAGACGACUGCAGCCCCGAGACCGAGAAGAACGCCCCAUGGGGUCUGGCUCGUGUCUCUCACCGCAAGCAACUCAGCUUCGGUACCUUUAACAAAUACCUGUUCGCUGAUGACGGCGGUGAGGGUGUCGAUGCUUAUGUCAUCGACACUGGUACCAACAUCGAGCAUGUCGACUUUGAGGGCCGCGCUCACUGGGGCAAGACGAUCCCCAAGGACGAUGCUGAUGUUGACGGCAACGGCCACGGCACUCACUGCUCCGGCACCGUUGCUGGUAAGAAGUAUGGCGUUGCCAAGAAGGCCAACGUCUAUGCAGUCAAGGUUCUCAAGUCUAACGGAUCUGGUACCAUGUCUGAUGUCAUCGCUGGCGUCGAGUUCGCUGCCCAGAGGCACAUGGAUGAGGUCGCCAAGGCCAAGAAGGGCAAGCGCAAGGGCUUCAAGGGCUCUGUCGCCAACAUGUCUCUUGGUGGCGGCAAGACUACCCCUCUCGAUGCUGCCGUCAACGCUGCCGUCAACGCUGGUCUGCACUUUGCCGUCGCCGCCGGUAACGAUAACGCUGAUGCCUGCAACUACUCUCCCGCUGCUGCACAGAAGGCCAUCACCGUCGGUGCCUCGGAUAUCAACGACGCUCGUGCCUACUUCUCCAACUGGGGCAAGUGCACUGACAUCUUCGCUCCUGGCCUGAACAUUCAGUCCACCUGGGUCGGUUCCAAGUAUGCCGUCAACACCAUCUCGGGUACUUCGAUGGCCUCGCCCCACAUCUGCGGUCUCCUGGCCUACUACCUGUCCCUGCAGCCCUCCACCGACUCGGAGUACUCUGUUGCGCCCAUCACUCCCGAGAAGAUGAAGGCCAACAUGCUCAGCAUUGCCACCGUCGGUGCUCUCAGCGACCUGCCCAAGGACACCCCCAACCUGCUGGCCUGGAACGGCGGUGGCUGCAGCAACUACUCCGCGAUCCUGGAGCAGGGCAGCUACAAGAUUGACCGUGCCGAGGAGAAGGACGUCUACACCUCCGUCUCCGAGCUUGAGAAGGCUAUUGAGCACGACCUCAAGGUUGUCUCCGGCAAGGUUGUCCAUGGUGUCUCGUCCUUCACUGGCAAGGCUGAGAAGUUCUCCAAGAAGAUCCAUGACCUUGUCGAGGAUGAGCUCAAGGAGUUCUUUGAGGAGAUCACUGUCUAA